AUGGUCAAGGCAUUUAGGGCAGAUGUGGUAGAAGCCUUGAAAUCGGAAGCUGUGCACGUUUUGGUGGACUCGUGGCUUCUGCCAGCCAGUUGUGUGGGAGAGGGAAGGGCCAUGACUGAUGCGGUGGGUGGACCUUGGGGUGGAGGAGGAAGACGUGGACGUCUGGACAUCAUAAAUAGUCACCCAUGGGUGAUGCCUUCAGGACAGGGCUCAUCCGAGGGGCGGACGCUGCUGGCUCCACGUGGUAUCGCUCCCAGGUUGGACAUGUGCGUAGGGAAGUGCAGCCGGAUCGUGGGUCCCUGCCUGCUGGUGCUGGGCACGCUCUCCGUGGCAGCCAACAUCCUCCUGCUCUUCCCCAGUGGGGCAUCGAAGUACCUGGUGGAGGGGCACAUCAGCAAGCACGCCAAGGCCAUGCCGGGUGUCUGGGGAGGCGGCAUCGCUGUGCUGCUGGCAGCAACCCACAUCACGGCGGUGGGGUGGCGAUGUGCCGGCUGCUCUGACUGCGGCACCCGUCGCAAUGCUUUCAUCUCUGCUGUGCUCUCCAAGCUGGCGCUCCUGGGUGCUGCCGCCUGCUUCGUCCUCUCCGGGGUGGGUUUGACCAAUGGACCCCUCUGCUUCUACAACGCCUCCGAGCAUGGCACCCUCUGGGGUUACCCCUUCCUGGACACGGGCAGCCAGGAGCCUGACGCCAGGGCAGAGAAUUACCUGCACGAUCGUCGCACCUGGAGCAUCUGCUUGGAGCCGGCCGGCAUCGUGCCCUGGAACAUCGUCCUCUUCUCCCUCCUGCUGCUCAUCAGCGCCGCCGAGAUGGUGCUGGCCUCCCUCCAGAUCCUCAACGGCUGCCUCGGGUGCCUCUGCGGCUUUUGCGAGGGAAAGUAG